UUCAUAGUUCUGGAGGAUAGUUAUUCUAAGCACCGUGCGACUAUGACACGUCACUGGGAAGGCUUGAUCAAGUCCAGUGAGCGACUUCAAGAUGAUCUGAAGAAGGUUCUUCAGACACACGACCGCAAUGUUUCUUCCAAGACGUUUCCAAAAUCACUAUUUCCACCGAACUCCAGAUUCUUAAGGCAUUAA